AUGUGCAAAAAAUAUAUCUUUCCUGUAAAGUUAAAAUUAAUACUUAAGGAAGCUUCUAAAGAUAUUUUUUUUCGUAAAGUAACACAGCCACUUCUAAAAACUAUUAAAGAGCUCCAAUCAAUUGAAAAAGAGUUACGUCAUUCAUUAAAGGAAAAAGAUGAAGAAAUAGAAAAAUAUAAGGAAGAGGGUGCUAAGAUUAGAAAGCACUGGAGGACAAUAACUUUUAAUGAGGAGGAGUAUUUAAAAAAGAUUCAAGAAAAUGGUGCCAUAUGUAAGGAUAUUCCUGCGAGUCUGUUAGAGAUAAAAGAAGAAAAAACAAAUAGUUGUGAUGUGAAUCACAAAUCUGCUGAUAUAAAUAAAAACCCCAUAAAAGAAGAACCACAAACAUCUGAUAUAAUCACAAUACCUACAAUAGAAAUUAAACAAGAAAUUAAAAGAGAAGCAUCACAAAGCAGUUCCAUCAAUCUAGUAAGAAAGAAGCAAAAGAAAUUAAAUUUA